AUGGAAUGUCGAAGGCAUAAAAUCAAGUGCGAAGUCAAGAUGGGCGAGGGCUCAUGUACGAAAUGUCUCCGGAGCGGCAUUGAAUGCGUCUUCCAGGAUCUUACUCAGAAGUUUCAGGAGGAAGAUGCCUUGUGGAAAGCUCAGACCAAGAUGGAGAUGGGACAGAUGCGCGCAGCCAUUCAGUACCUCCUCAAACACAGCCAGUUACCAGAUCUCUCAAGCUUUCACGCAGCAUCAGCCGCCACCAGCCCGGCGAAUCCAGGUUCGGCUUCCGCUCUGAUCGUGCCGCCCAUGGACAUGACCCGCGAGAACUCCCAAGAACCUCAAUCCCGCGACGAUUCCGGGCUCGUCUCGGCUCCAAUGAGCAGCUUGUACGACCUCACUCGCCUCAAAACCCUACGGAGCUCGGUCUUGUGGAGACAAAACGCCAAUAUGCUGGACGAUGAUUUCAUCUCCCAAGGCAUCAUCUCCCUGGAGGACGCCGAGCAUCUCUUCGCCCACUAUCUGCAGAACAACAACCAAUGGCUGUGGGGAGGAAUCUUGCUCCCACAUCAAACAUUGGUCUCAGUCAGGCGUUCAUCUACCCUGCUCACCGCCGUCGUCCUCACUAUCUCUGCUUUACAUAUGCCCCACAGCGACCAGCUGCUACAGAAUUGCUACAGCAUCUUUGUAUCCCUGGUAAGCAAUACUUGUCUCUCUCGACACCAGACUCUCGACGAUGUUCGGGCGCUGGGGCUGGGAGCCUUCUACCUCUCGAACCUCAGUUGGAAACUUUCGGGUAUGGCUGUGCGCCUCGCCGUGGAAAUGAAUCUGCACCAAUCCUUUCAGAAAUUCGUCCGAGCUCAGCCUAACCAGCAUGAAUGCGUCCGUCUCUGGUAUGCGCUGUAUGUAUGCGAACAUCAUUUCAGUAUUGCCUACGGUCGACCACCCAUCAUCGGGGACGAUGUGGCGGUCAAGAAUGUGGAGAGGUUCAUGGAGAGCCCAGCCCUGGUUCCAGGAGAUGUCCGGCUUUGCGCUCAAGUGGCCCUCUUCCGCAUCCUCACCGAAGCCUACGUGGAAUAUGGGAGUGAUCCUGAGCAACCCCUGGGCGAACAAGACUUCGAGCGACUCCGUGUGUUCAACGUUGUCAUCGAGCAGUGGAGACUGACGUGGCAGGCCCGGUCUGCUGACAGUGCGGAGGUCGGGGCGUACCCUUCCAAGGGAAUUGUGUUGUACUACCAUUUUGCGCGCUUUCAGCUGAACUCUCUGGCCCUGAGAGCCGUGGCGGGCCCCAAUAGUCCACUCGUGGAGCCGCUGACUUAUGACCGCCGGGAAGCGGCCAACAUUGCCAUCUCGGCGGCAACCAGCACACUGACCCUGAUUCUUGAGGAGCCCGACAUUCGGCGGGCCAUGCCAGCAGGCGUGCCUGUUUUCACACACACCAUGGUGGCCUUCUGCACGACUUUCUUGUUGAAGAUGGCCAUGAAGUGGAGCAGCGCCUCGGCGCUUUCACUGGGCAACUGGAGCCAAGAGACAUCAAACCUGGGCCUCAACUUUAGCAUCGGACAAGUCAUAGCGCUCAUUCGCAAAUCUGCCGACUUCCUGGACGAAGUUUCGCAGAAAUUGAACCAGAAACACCUGACGAGGCACGUCGUUGCGGGGAUCCGUUACCUCCUCAAGAGCUUUGACACGGAGAUUGAGGUGUCGAGCAGAGACGGAGCUCCCAGUUACCCGCAAAGCCACACCCAAGAGCCAUUUAUCACCACUCUGGACUCUACGAACAAUGCAUCGUCAGAGAACAUGAACGGCAACUACAACUUCAAUUUCUAUGACUUGGUUGGUUCUUAUGGAUUCGGAUUUGACGAGUCAUACUUGGGACAGGUUGAAUCCCAUGAUCCUGACUUAUGGUCGUAUACAUGA